UAUUCAAUGUUAAUUAUUGUAGUAGCUGAAUUAGAUGGAAACUAAUUUAAAAUAUUUUAAAUACGCGCUCGCUAAUCGACAGAUAGAGCUAACCAAGUCUGGAAUUAUAUCUUUAUCCGAUAAUGGUGAAAGUAAACCCUCUACGUAUCUCGAGAAACAAAUGGUCUUCCCUGGAUCAUUAUUAAAUAUUAUUGGAACUUCUGAUGGUAAAGAAAGUGACGAAUGUAUUGUUCAAAUUUUAAACUUCGAUGCUGUUACAAAUAACCAAUUUUACGAAAUCAAAACAAGCUUCUUGGUUAAAGUAGCUGAGGAAAUUUGGCCAUUUGUUAUUAGCAUUGACAGUCUGGAAAGUCGAUUACGUUUAGUUAACAAUAACGAACAAUGUAUUUGGUUAAUUAACUUAAAAGUUAAUGACGUUGUGUGUGUGCGUGGAGAAUUGUUUAAAAAUGGAAACGCGAAUUUUGAUUGUAUUAUCCGUUACAUUGGUCCAGUGCAAGAACUAAAUUCUGUAGGAUAUUAUUUUGGAUUGGAAAUUUUGCAUCUAAAUAACGGCUACUCACCUCAAGCCAAGGAAAUUCAGUUCGCUACAAGGUACAUGCAGUGUGAACCUAACUUAGCAAUAUUUACGACUGCUAAUUGGAUAGCUCCUGUAUCAAGUGAAUCAAAACAUAAACUAUCUGCCAGACAAUUGAUCAACGAAACUAUUGAUCGUGUGUACACAGCUAUUGUGCCAUCAACAUUAAAUGGACAGCGAAGUGAUCACAAGUCCAAGAAACGACAGCCUACAGCUUAUUUUUAUGAUUCAUUGAUAGAAACAGACGCUAAUCGAAACACAGAUAAAUACGAUUCCGAAAUCAUGACUGAGUCUAUCAAAGGAGAUGAUUCCACAUCUUUAAAAGGGAUAAAUAAAUAUAAUAAGGAUAAAUUAUAUUCAACUAACAUUCCUUUACCUAUAGAACGUAGAGGAUCAAGUCUA